CACUGAAGGCUCAGCUCACCAUUCAGCGGACGACAGAGGCCCCAAGGAAGAGUCACGGUUGGCAGUGGAGUGUGAGACUAGAUGCCUCUUCUUCUCCUAUGGUUUCCCAUUAAAGAGUAGGUGCCACUGUUUCUCAGGAGCCAGAGCAGCAGGUAUAACAUCCUGCCAGCUUUACACCAUGUCUGUCCCAGAGUCACAAGAUAAGAAACUGCUCCUACGUGGCUCUGAGGGCAGAGGCACCAGCCAGCAGUACGGAACUCACCCAUCCUCAUCUCAACGCUCCAGAAGUCCACAACAUUUUGGCUCUGAUGGGAAUAUUUCACCUGUCAGCACCAGUCUCCGUUAUGAGCCACAGGAGUGCACUGAGACAGACUUUCUGCUCCCCAAACAUCUCUACGGCAGCUCAAGGUUCAGUGAAUCCACCAGAAUAAAGGAUGCAGGUGGCUCCAGUGCCCCUGCUGAGUCAGUCUGCUGUGUGGUGCUUCAGAUCCUGGUGCCAUUUCUGCUGGCUGGACUCGGGACUGUCUCUGCUGGGAUGCUCCUUGAAGUGGUUCAGAACUGGGACGUGUUUCAGGAAAUCACAGAGCUCUUCAUCCUGGUCCCUGCAGUAUUAGGUAUGAAGGGGAACCUGGAGAUGACUCUAGCCUCGAGACUCUCGACUGCUGUAAACACAGGAAAAUUGGAACCUGCCGAUGAAAAGUGGAUGUUGAUCGCUGGGAACUUGGCGCUUAAGCAGCUACAAGCCACAGUGCUCGGCCUGCUGGCCUCUUUGAUGGCGACUCUGUUGGGCUGGAUGGCAGAGGGAAAGAUGCCCUUACAGCACGUAAUGCUCCUGUGUUCAUCCAGCGUUUCUACCUCCUUCAUUGCUUCAUUGCUGCAAGGUAUUAUCAUGGUGGGAGUGAUCAUUGGGUCCAAGAGGUUCGGAAUCAACCCUGACAAUGUGGCCACACCCAUGGCUGCCAGCUUUGGGGAUCUCAUCACUCUUGCCUUGCUGGCCUGCUUCAGUUACUGGUUCUACUCCCUCAUAGAUCUGUAUCCCUACGUGUUGUACCUGGUGGAUAUGUUAUUUGUGUGCCUGAUUCCUGUCUGGAUAUUCAUCUCCCUCAAACAUCCAGCCAGUCGCAUCCUGCUCCGCACAGGCUGGGAACCAAUUAUCACAGCGAUGGUCAUCAGCAGUAUUGGAGGAGUUAUUCUGGACAAAGCUGUGACAGAUCCAAACCUGGCAGGAAUCAUAGUUUAUGCUCCAGUUAUAAAUGGUAUUGGAGGAAACCUUGUCUCCAUACAGGCCAGUCGCAUUUCUACUAAUUUGCAUUUGAAUUACCCACCCAGAGAGGUUCCCGAAGAUCGUAAAGGCUGCUUCAACCCCUGCCGCACUUUCUUUGGCUCAGGAGCGAACCAUCGAUCUGCUCAGAUUCUGCUUCUGUUGGUGAUCCCUGGUCAGCUCAUCUUCUUAUACACUAUUCACCUGAUGAAAGGAGCCAACACAUUGCCCAGUCCUCUCCUGACUGUCGUCUUCUUGGCUGCAUCUGUGAUUCAGGUCUUCACCCUGCUUUGUAUAGCCGACUGUAUGGUCCACUGUCUGUGGCGUAGGGGUAGAGACCCUGACAGUUACGCAAUACCCUACCUCACCGCCCUUGGAGACUUACUGGGGACUGCCCUCCUCUCUCUUGCCUUUGUGCUGCUGUGGUGCAUUGGAGACUCAGGCAGUGUGUAAGUUUGAAACAGGAAAAGACUUGAGGACUAACAAAGGAGCCUAGAUCUUAGCCAGCUCUACAGUUUCCUGGCUUACAAGAUGUUUACUGAUGCACGAGGAAAAAUAAGGUUGCAGUCAUUACAGGGCAGUGUAAAGAAGGAACGUUUAUAACUUUGACUUAAAAGUGUUCAGAGUUGGGGCUUAUCUAACAUCAUCUGGGAGGUAUUCCGUUUGUGGUGCAUGAUAAGAAAACGCUGCUUCUCCAUGUUUUGUCCUGACACUUGGGAUGGUCUGUAGGCCGUCCCCAGAUGUCUUCAGGGUCCUAAAAGGUUCAUAUAUCUGUUCAUAUGAGAUGUAUUUGGGCGCUGAGACACAGAGUGAUUUUAUACACAAGCAGCACGAUUUUGAAAUCAGUUAGGUAACUAAAGUCCUCAAACAUCCCUUUUCAUCAAGGAAUUGUUACAGUAAGACCCUGACAUACUAGGGGUUGCAACGGUAUGAGAAUUUCACGGUACGAUAACCGUCUUGUCUCAGAAAAUAUCACGGUUUCACGGUAUUGUGAUACUACAGAAUUUAUAUUAUUAUCAAUGAGAAUGACCUUUAAAAGAAUGAAAAUAGAAGAGUUACUUUACUAUAACUGAGACUUGAAACCAUUUUGUUAAUGGAAAUAUGUGUAAAAAAUCUCCCCUUUGAAAAUAACUAAAGGGGAGAUUUUCCGUCUAGUAGCAUUUGGUUUUUCAUCAGUAUUUUUGCACACUGGGCCAAGUGUGACAUUGACGAGCGGAAGGAUUCAGCGCCUUGAGCUGAAAAGUAAAGAAUAUUUAAAAUUUUAUGAACAUAUAAAAAUUGUUAUAAAAACACCAGUCAAGAGAGCAGCACACACCAGGUGCACUGUGCAACAGGAAGUCAAUGGUUCUGCUGGCGGCGCAUUUCUAGCAAUGUGUUUUGGUGUGAUUAAUUUUUUUUUUUUUUUUAGGGCCUAAGGUUAGCUUUGGUAGGCAUAGUUUCUUGUUUAGGACCCAAUAUCCAAUACAGUUCUCACAUAUAUAUAGCUGGGUGAAGAAUAACCUUAUUUUACACCAAUAAAAAACAUAUCCUUAUAUGGUCGUGCUCUAUAAGUUGUUAUUCACAAUAUAUUUGUGUCUGGUCAAGCAAUAUGCUAUUCAGCUGUCAAGUAUGUCCUGAGUAAUCAUGUUUUCAUUUUUGGUAUUGUAUUUCUCUGUUAUUGUCUUACAGGAGGCAGACAUUAAACACUGUGCGAGUUAUAUUUUAUAUUAUAUUCCAAAAACACAUCAGACAUUAUAAAAAAAUAAAUGAUAAACCUUG